UGCCCGCCAAAAGAAGAACCAUUUCUCCUUUUCAAUCGAUGGCUAUUCUAUCUCCGCCCCCUAAACGCAGAGGGGUAGUCUUCCGACUACAGAACUCAUAACCUAUUUCUUCUUAUUCUUCGAUUCUUCUUAUCAUCCUGUUGCUGCUGGGUUUUCUCGUUGAUUCUGCGGUAUGCACACCAUCUGUUUGAUAAUAUGCCUCAACAGAAUGGAAUUUCCGCUCUGUUUCUGUUUCACCCCUCUUUUGUUGAUUACGUUAUCUGAAGUGAGGAUCUUUGUUCUUUAGGAAGAUGUAUGCUAGAAAGGCGUAUGAGUUGGUGAAGGAGUUAGCGCAGUGCGAGAAAGGGCAUCUUCAGCAAUUCAAUGAGGAUUUGUUCAAUCAAGUCAUUGACCAGUGCACCCAACAUUUUCUAGAGCUUCAGGCUUUGUUUAGGAAGAAGCAGGAAGAAAAUGUGGCUAUGGAAACUAGAAAUGAGGAUCACUAUGGAGCUCUUGUUCACCAUCUUGCUUUACUUCGUAACAAGCGCUGCUUAAUGGCUUACGUGUAUAACCGCACAGAAACUAUACGAAGUUUGUCAUGGAAAGUGGGGUUUGAGCUCUUUGAGCUUCCAGAAGAGAUACAAGAGAAGCUCAGCCUCCCAGAGAAGAACUAUUUUGGGAAGCAUUCUGCUGCUCUACAGACAUAUAUGGCUGAUGUUGGUAUUGACUUGAAUGUGGAUAUGGUGCCGCCUAAAGAUCCUUACAUCAAGGUGAGAGUCCUUGAUGAUAUGGGUGAAGGGAUAUUGCUAAGCAACAAGACUGCCAAUCUCGCCCGUCAUUCAAUGCACUUCCUCAAGAGAACUGAUGCCGAGCAGUAUAUUGCACGAGGCUUGAUGGAAGAGCUUAUAGGUUGACCAAUGCUACAGUAAAGAACAACAUCAUCAUGACAAGAAGUUCUUCGACCUACAGCCAGAUGCAAAAAAGCCUAUUAGUUUCUACCUUUUUUGUGCUUGAUAUUUGUAAUUGUAAUCCCAGAUUGACCAUGGUAGAAGACAAGCAAAUACAUGCUCAUUUGUAGUUGUAGACUUAUAAAUAAAAAAUCAGGACAUAU